AUGGAGUGCAGUGAUCUCAUCCGGCAGGUGAUAUAUCUAGGAAUUCCCAUUGCUUCUGUUGAUAGCAAGGAGAGUUGGGCUUUGACAUUGACUCAUGCUGGUCUUGCAGAGUAUUCAUGUCUGAAAUGUCUUGUUUCGAACUGUGAACAACACAAGUUAGUCAGCAAGUUUAAAUUGUGCCUAAAGCUACGUUCAACAAAAAGUGCACCUGAAAAAACUCUGCAACAGAAUGAGCUUCACACAAUUCUUAGUAUUUCCAUUAACUUUUUCUGGUCUCUCACCCAUUCCGACCCAUAUCUUGCGAUUUCAUAUGACAAAUUACACGCCGAUGAUCUUGGGAAGUUCAGCAAGCAUCUAUGGCCCCUCUUGCUUAGUGUCCUGGAGGAACUUAAUGCCAAGGGUCAACUGACUCUGAAUAUGCACAAGGUUGAAAGGUGGCCUAACCUCAAACAUUUUUCUAAUGUCAUCACCGUGGAUUAUGCAGAUGGUGCUCAGGUCUCUGCAGAACAUGGAAAAAACUUCGAUUUUCUGAAGCAGCACUUAGUCACUCAUGCAAUCCAGGAUAUUGAGCAGAAGGGAACACUUAAUAACUACAACACUUAUACAUAUGUGAAAACCAACUGUAAGAAUACUGAACCUCAGGUGUGUCAAUGA